CCAGCUUCAUCCAGUCAUUACAGAGCUUGUGUGUUGGCUACAUCUCCUGAAAUCUACUGAAAAUGUCUCUGAAAAUUGAAGGUGAAGUGAAAGUGGACUCGGAGCCGGUGGUGGCCGCCUGGAGCGACAAGCUCUUCGUCGGGUGUGAAGACGGCUCUAUCAAAAGUUUCGACGGCACCCUCACCCCAGCGUCCUCCUGGGCGGCGCACGCGGUGCAGCCGUUCGCCCUGGCGGCGGGCGGCGGCCGCGUGUACUCCGCGUCCAACGACGGCGGCAUCAAGGUCUGGGCGGAGGACGGCAGCAAGGUCACUGAACUCACCAUCGCCGGACCGGACGUGGGCACGCUGAGGAUCUUCGGAGGAGAGCUGUAUGCUGGUGAUGAGGGGGGAAAUGUGUUAAUUUACAAAAACAAUGAGGAGAAGGCUCGAUACAAUCUGCUGGAAGAAGUGAAAGACAUCGGGCUCAGCGGCCCGUUCCUGUUCACGGUGCGAGACCUCGACGUCAUCGUCACGGAGAUUAAACCAGAAGAGUCAAAGACGCGGUUCACAACACGCCACACGAUGGAGGGCCGGGCUCCACUGCGCGUGGCGGGCGCCGCGCUGCUGGCCAUGGCCCGCGGCGGCACCGCGCUGCAACUGCUCGACGCCUCCGUGGACACACGGUUCAAGAAGCUGCAUGAGGUCAAGGUGAGCGACAUGAUAGUGACGAGCUUGGACGUGAGCGGUGACUUCGCGUGGACGGCGGGCUGGGACGGGCACGUGCGGCGCUGGAGGAUCGCCGGGGACCAGCUGACGCCUGCAGGGGAGCUCAACCUGGGCGCCUGCGUCAACGCACUGGUGGCGACGGCCCCAGGCGAAGCGUACGCGGUCAUGACGGGAGGAAGAAUAGUACGGGUCAAAGCCGAUUAAGUGUGUGGUUAUUUAUGUUUAAGUUUGUAUGUUUGUAGGUAAUUAA